UGUGAAGCUGUAAAAUUUACAGAUUGUAGAAACACUGAAUGGCUUAGGUUUUUUUCUUUAAUAUGGGUGCAUCGCCAUGACAUCAUCGCCCCAAUGUCAACAAUGUAGCAAUUUAGAGGAGGCGCGUGCUGGAAAUGCCACAAUCAGCAAAGAGCAAAGCAAAAGCACGCGGUCUCGAAUGUAACUCAGCAUUGUCUGCGCGCGAUUCCUCCGGUUAGAAAAAAUAUAACACAAAUGAAUAACCGUGCACGCUCCUCCAGCUGUUAAAGAGGGUCUUACAAAGCGCGGAGGAAGAGACCAUGUGAAGGCGUCUUGCAAAAUAUCUUCGUGCAGGAACAAGGGAAAGUUUAGGCCCUGAGCAAGAAAUGUCUACAGAAGAGAAGCCUGAAGCUCCCAUGUAUGUGUAUGAGUCGACGGUGCAUUGUGCCAACGUCCUUCUGUGCCUGAAUGAACAGCGGAAGCAGGACGUCUUGUGUGAUGUGACUGUGCUGGUGGAAGGGAGGGAGAUCCGUGCUCACAGGGCAGUGUUGGCAGCCUGUAGCCAGUAUUUCUCCCUGCUCCUCAGAGGCCAGACGGAACAUGAGCCGGUCAUCAGCCUGCCACAGAAGAUCACAGAGAGAGGCUUUGCCCCACUGUUGCAGUUUGCCUACACAGCCAAACUGUUACUCAACAGGGACAACAUCCAGGAAGUUAUGUGCUGUGCAGAAUUCCUAGGCGUGCAUAACCUGGAAGACUCCUGCUUCCGCUUUCUACAGGCCCAGAUGAAAAGUGAGGUUGACAGCAUGCACAUCAGCAAGAACCCCUCAUCACCUCAUACACUGGGUCAGAACCAUCAUGGAACAAAUGCUGCAAACAGGCGACCAAAUGAUUCCAAACCACCACUGUUUGUAUCAGGGCUGCACUCUUGUGAACUCAGCUCUUCCAAGGACACAGAGCAAUUCCAUGUCCCCAACAACCUGCAUGAAUCAGACCAAGCUCCUUCCUUUGACUUUCCUCGUUAUCCCAAAUAUAGAAAGUGCCAUCAUGUUUAUGCCAAGCAUAAUGUAACCACCUCGCCAAAUAGCAGUAUCUUAAGCUUACACGGCUCGAUGCAAGUCACCAGUGGUGAUGCCCGGGGCCUGGAUCUCUCCAAGGUGAAAACGGAACCAGUCGGUGGGGAGGAAUGUCUACCACUGGACCUGUCUGAGGUGGAAAUGGAUGGUCUGGUCAGGGGUCAAGGGACUGAAAUGGAAAUGGCCAUGGAAAUGGAGUUAGAUGGCCGGCAGCUAAGUUCAACACCCAUUGAACUGCCUCCAAAUAAACGUUUACCAGUGUGCCUGCGCUCCCUUGUUAAAAAGGAAGUAACAACUCUGGAUCAGUGUCUUACCUCUGAUGUGCAACUUGCCAACAGAACCUCUCACAUUCAAAACAGACAAGUUGCUCAGGGUGACUUUCAAAAUAACUAUCAGGCUUUUGUUGGGGGACUUGGUGUGACUUCCUCAAAGAAGGUUCAGAAAUUAAUAGAUGGAGUGUCCUUCAAGUCCAUGUUCUUUGAAAGGAUCUGUUCAACACAAGUUGAGCAGGAGAGCGACCGAAGGAGUGUAAUCUUUUCCUCUCGGGCCCCCAGUCAUCUGACGGCACCAGAUCAUUCCUACCCUGGUGAGUUCUGUCUGGGGCAGGAGAUUCGGGAAGACCUAUGGACAGGUUCCAGCAAGUCAUUCACCUGCUCCCAAACACUAUCCCCUACUUCUGUCUCUCAAGAGCCUCCACUGUCCUACCACCAUUGCCCAAAGAGCAGCUGUCCAGUGCCCAUUAAAAUGUGUCCCCAUUCCGCUCGCACUGAGAGACACAUCAGAACCUCUAGUUCUUGCUCUUCCUACUCUUAUGCUGAGGAUGGCAGCGGUGGUUCUCCAUCUAGCCUUCCCCAGUUUGAACUCUCUACCACUCCUUGUUCAACCAUGGCACGAUGCCUUGCUCUCGAACAACGGGAGCACAGCUUGUCGGGGCCACCGAAGAUUAAGUACGAGAAGUCGUACGACACUAAUUCCAGUGAUGAGUCUGGAUCCUUCUCAGAUGGAGAUAGUGAAUCAUGUCCCACCAAAGAGUGCAGGCAAGAGGUGAAACUGCCUUUCUCAGUCGAUCAUAUCAUAAAGCUUCCACGGAAUGACUUUCAGCUGAUGAUAAAGAUGCAUAAACUAACCUCUGAUCAGCUAGACUUCAUCCAUGACAUGCGACGGCGCAGUAAAAACCGAAUCGCAGCUCAGCGCUGCCGGAAAAGAAAGCUGGACUGCAUCCAAAACCUUGAGUGUGAGAUUCACAAACUGGUUUGUGAGCGACAGAAGCUCCUAACCGAACGGAAUCAGUUGAAGGCCUGUAUGGGAGAGCUCUGGGAAAACUUCUCGAUUUUGUCACAGGAGGUCUGUAGGGAGGAACAGCGGAGUCCAGGCCAGACUCAAUCUCAGUAUCAUCUACAUCUAGACCCUGUUUCAUCCAGUUCAACCAGUACAGACCUUAGAAUCUCUCCCAGUCCCACCAGUAUAGACGUCACUCUCACCUCACAUGGCAGCAUGAUGUCGUCCCAAACCUUCUCUGACUGCCAGGCCACGGCUGAGUUGCCAUGCCCAUAUCUAAGAGUGACCAGAGAGGCUAUGCUACCCCAGGAUAGUGUCACCUCUUUGAGGUCAGAUCCCUUGCUCCAGACAGCCAGCUCGAGCGUGACUAUUGAUAUCUGCCAGGAAAUGACUGAGAAAUGCACGACAGAAGAGCAACCCAAGAGGAAUUGAAUACAGCAACCUGGAUUUGUAUUUUUUUAUGGGAUUGUUCACCCGUAAUGAAUAUUCUGUCAUCAUUUACUUACCCUCAUGUUGUUCUAAACAUACAAUUUUCUUUCCUAGCCUCAGUCACCAUUCACUUUUUUUGUAAAGAAAAAGGCUGACAUUCUGCAUCUCCUUUUGUGAUCCACGGAAGACUGAAAGUCAUGUUUGGAUCAACAUUAGCAUGAGCAGUUAUUUUUUAGAUGAAAUAUUGGUUCAAAAGUUGAUUUUAAAUGUAAAUAAAUUUUUUUUAAAAAUUUCAUCAGUGUUAAGUUUUGUUUGUUGCUACUUUAGGGGGCUGUCUGUUGUCAGGUUUAUGAUGUAUUAUAAAUUGCUGAUGUAUGGAUGUGUUCUAAAACAUGCUGUAUAGAAUGCAAAUGUUUUAGUCUAUUUCUAAAAUCAUGCACCUUCCAUCCAUAUGUAUGGUACCUAGUUCUCAGAUCUCAGGAAUUGCACUUAUUUUUAUUGUUUAUUGGCAACUUCAAAUCAAGCAAUGUACGUAAAUGUGAUUUUUAUGUGUUUCAAACUGUUUUGUACCUGUGCUGCAUCAUUUUAUAUUUUGCAUUCAAGCAUUUGUUAUGUACACGAAGAGAAAAAAGUUUGAUUGAGACACUUGCAUAUGAAAGCAAAUAGAUGUUCUUCUGAAUUUUAAGUUUUUUUUAAUUGCAUUCUUAAUAAUACUUAAAGGGAAAGUUCACCCAAAAAUGAAAAUUCUCUCAUCGUUUACUCACCCACAUGCCAUCCCAGAUUGUGAUGAGGAGGGCGUGGCCAGGCUGUGACAACACAUGCCGGCGCUGAAUUGUCGUAAUCAGCUGGGAGGGAGAUAAAGACGGCCGCUCUGUGUGUGUGUGUGUGUGUGUGUGUGCGUCUGUGUGUUUUAUGUUGUUUUUAGUUCAUUUAUGUAAUUAUAGUUUAUGUUAACUGCUCAGGCGGUUCUCACCUCCUCCUUGCCCAUACUUUACCGGUUACAUUGGUGCCGAAACCCGGGAAGGUGGAGGGAUGCGCUGUCGUGGAGUCCUCACUGCUACCAUCCACCAGGGGAUGGAGGAGUCGCUGCCGGGAGUCGGAGGAACUGCUGCCGUCCGCUAGGAAGGGGAAGAGCUGUUCCGUCCACCAGGGUUCGGAGGAGUGGCUGAGGACCAGGCGACGGCGUGUCCUGGGACCGGCAAGCAAGUUUUUCUCUCUCUCCCCUCUCCCUCCCCUCGUCUCUCCCAGGGCUCCAGAGAGGCAGGAAAGACCUGCCGGCAGAAGGAUGGCCAGAAGGGCAACACCUCCCCUCCAGGAAGGGAGGGGAGUAUGUCACGCCAGAGGUUUCCCUGGCCUGAAUCGGGCGGUGGAGGAGUGUGACGAGGAGGAGGGCAUGGCCUGGAACACCACAUUGUUGGAGGAACACCACAUUGUCCUGGAGACCUCACUGCUGGCUCAAGAACACGACGCAGAGGAUACACGAUCUGGUGGUACUGGAGCAGAUCGUCAGCCGGCUACUGAAGGGAUGGCUGAGCGAGUCUAGUGCCAUCGCCCGGCGUCGCUGACAGAGGUGGUCCAGCUGGCUGAGGUGGGCGGCGUGUUCGAGAGCCGACAAAUAGUUUUUUUCUUCUCUCUCUCUCUCUCACUCUCUAUCUCUGUCUCUUGCUCUCUCCUUCUCUCGCUCCUCCCUCCCCCUCUACUUCCCCUAGCGAUGUUCCUGUUUCCCGAAGGCACGGAAAACCAUCCGGCAUUUGGUCGGCCAAAAGGGCAGCGGCUCCUCUCCAGAAAUGGGGGGAGUAAGGCACAGGCCGGAGAGCUCCCCGACCUGAGUCGGGCGAUGGGGGUAUGUGGCGAGCGGGGCAGGGCCGAGCGAUGAUGGUGCGGAGCGAGACCGGGAUGGACACCUGGAGCUAAUUAUCUCACCCAGCUGUUGGUGAUUGCGGUGUUGGUGGGCGAGGGAUAAAGCCUCAACCAGAGCUGCAGUCCAGAGAGAGAGAGACACAAGGAAGCUGUGUGUGUCUGUGUGGAGCUGAAAAGUACCCCAUUAAUGUGUGUUCAUGCUGCUGAAAAGCAGUAGUGUUGAAUGUUUUGUUACAGUGAAAAGUGCUGACAAUAAAGUGUCUUACGUUGGAAGUUUGCCCAGCUCCUGCCUCCUUCAGAGAGUUAAAGAUUUUUGUUACAUUGGUGCCGAAACCCGGGAAGGAGGAGGGAUGCGUUCUCCUGGAGUCCUCGCCGCUGCCAUCCGCCAGCUAUAAAUUCUCCUCCCUGCCCAGUAGGUGGUGAUAUGCAUGAAGAAUGCAAAUUGCCAAAAACAAAAGAAGAAUAAUGUGAAAGUUGAGAUUUAUAGUAAAAAAGGACUCAAAUAUUGAUCAGUUUCUCACCCACACCUAUCAUAUUUCUUCUAAAGACAUGGAUUAAACCACUGAAGUCUAAUGAAUUACUUUUAUGCUGUCUUCAUGUCCUUUUAGAGCUUCAACAUUUUGGUACCUAAUCACUUGCAUUGUAUGGACCUACAGAGCUGAAAUAUUCUUCUAAAAAUAUUCUAAAAAGUAAUAUACAUCUGGGAUGGCAUGAGGGUGAGUAAAUGAGAGAAUUUAAAUUUUUGGGUGAACUAUUCCUUUAUUAAUUCUUAAUCUUUAUCUUCUGGCAGAAACUGUGUCUGUCAGAAAAGAGAAGACAUAUAACCUAACUAAACAUCUGAUCUCCUUGGAAUUUUUAAUGAUUGUAUUAGAUCAUAAAUCAUAAAGCACUCCGAUCUCGAUUGAUGUUUAGCAGCAUUUAUUAUUGUCCUCUCAAAUAUUUUGUAAUGAAGCACCAUUAGAUACUAUAGCAAUUUUCUGAGGUUUUUUGAAGCUUAGUUUUCCAGACUGUUAAAAUGGUUGAUCAGGGAUUUCUGUUUAUAUAAAACUCUCCAAAUGCACUUGUUAAAUUAAACUGUUAAAUCAUACUGACUUUUUACAUUUUGGCAGCUCACAUUUAGAACUUUUAGAAGAGCCACUAUUGAUGAACUUCAUGUCAUCAUGUGCCCUUCUGUAAAUACUACGGUGAUUAACAAUACAUUAUAAAGUGAAAAGCAGAUUUUUACAGUUUCAAAGGGUUAAAGUAUUAAUUUAUAAUUUAAUAAUAUAAACGAUGGUACUGCACCGUAAAAUAUACCGUAAAAGCAAUAGUUUUAAACUGUAAAAUUUACAGGUUGUUCUGUAAAGUUGUUUACAUUUUUACUGUAUUUUUUACAUAAUUAUUCUGGCAACCACAGCUGCAAGAUUUUUUCUUUUUUUUUUUUUUAAACCAGAUUUUUUUACAGUGUAGAAAAUGUAAGAAUUUGUUAACUUGUUUUAGUUUUGUUUUUUUUUUUUUUUUUUUUUUUCUUUCAUGAUUUUUAAGUAUGGAAUUUGAUCACGCUUUUUGUCAUGCCUUUGUUAAAUGAUGCACCACAAUUGUGAUAUGAAGUAAGGGCGGAUAUGAUAAUUUAUCAUUACUGAGUGUACAUACUGAAGGGAGAGUUUGGAAAUUCACAGAUCUACCUGUAAAAUCAAUAUACCUCUCAUCUCGGACAAGGUCUGCAGAACUGGUUUUCAACCUUUUAAAAUACGUUUUACAAUCAUUUAAUUUAUGUAGAUUUUGUAUGUAUUGUACAUAUUAUGUUUCUUUUAUAGUUAUUUGUGGGAUUCUUUGAAAAUGAUUGUUUUCCUCUUUCUUAUUUGUUAUCAAAUCUUUAAAAGUUGUGACAAUGUUCAUAAUCUUAUCAAACUGUAUUUGUAAAAUUCUUGAGUACACAUUGAAUUUGUCUACUAGGGUAUUAAAUAAAUUGCCAAGCAUGUUUUAUGCAUA